CUUUCCUCAGUACCAUACCCGGGCCGGAUUGACACCAAAAGUAACCCUUAAUGAGCCUUGAUCUGUUUUUGUGACGUUAUUUUCAUGACGGCUGUAUUUUUUGGAGGCUGUCUGGUUGUGACUUUGUUCCUUUCUGUAUCGGUACAUAUUGAUGCACCGCAUGAUUCCCAUGGAGCCUGCUCUUAUCUUGUGUUUAAAGGCGGGGUUCGCGAUAGAGUGGUGGAUGGACGUAUCUCAUUGUUGUGGAUUUUCCCUGCAAUCUUCUCUUUGUCUCUUUACGGAGACCAUGUAUCUGUACAUCAUCUUACCGUGAUCUAUAUAUGGAUUGAAGCUCAUUCGACUGGGAGCAAAGUCAGGAAUGAGAACGAUUCCCAGAGUGAAGGAGUGAGUGAGGGGGGCGUUUCAAUACAAAUGCAUUAUAGUGAGAAAUACACCCUGCAUACGUAGCAAGCUGAUGUUUUUCGUGUUCAAUUGGUGAGCUCGAGGCCCUUCUCGGCUGGCUGGCGUGACAGCACGACUGUGACCUAUACUGGCAACUAUGGUUUGGUCGAUAGACCGACCGGUUUGGAUAUCCAGCUUCAGAACAGUAUACUACAAUUCCAUACGCAGGAAGAAUCAAACACAUCUUCUGACAAGCCAAGCGAACAUCGUGGGAUUCGACAUUUAAGCCAAUAAAC